CCGGCUUCCCGCCCGGUCCCGCGGGGCUGCCCCUCAUCGGCAACAUCCACGCCCUGGGCGCGGAGCAGCCGCACGUCUACAUGCGGCGGCAGAGCCACAUCCACGGGCAGGAUGUAUUGCAUCUUUCUCCAAAGCAUCUAGUGCUGACCACUUCUGGAAACAGGAGAUGGGACUAGCUGGGCUAUGCUAUCAUUUGUUGGCUGUCAUCAUGGCUCUCACAUCUGUCAUCUGACGGGUCUUGGGGAGCCUGUGCAAAAUUUUCAGUCUUGAUCUGGGUGGUAUAUCUGCUAUUGUGCUGAAUGGCUACGAUGCAGUAAAAGAAUGCCUUGUUCAUCAAAGCGAAAUUUUUGCAGAUAGACCAUCUCUUCCCUUGUUUAAGAAGUUGACAAACAUGGGAGAUUUGGGCCUUUUAAGUAGGCAAAUAUGAUUUCUGUGGCCUUCCUAUUAAGAAGAUCUAUAUUAGAUGGGCCUCUAAUAUUCAAAUAAAGUUGUAUGAGGAACUUCAGGAAUUUGAGGAGUUUAAGAGCUGCAGCAGAAACUUAAAUUCUGUGGUUGAAUAGGCUUACUGAACAGUAAAUAUGGCAGAGGAUGGACAGAACAUCGCAAAUUAGCUGUAAAUACCUUUCGAAUUUUUGGAUAUGGUCAAAGGUCCUUUGAACACAAAAUUUCUGAAGAAUCUGUGUUUUUUCUUGAUGCCAUUGAUACAUACAAAGGCAGACCAUUUGAUCUUAAGCACUUGAUAACAAAUGCCGUUUCAAACAUUGCUAAUCUGAUUAUUUUUGGAGAACGUUUUACAUAUGAAGAUACUGAAUUUCAGCACAUGAUUGAGAUUUUUAGUGAAAAUAUUGAAUUAGCUGCUAGCGCUUCUGUAUUUUUAUAUAAUGCUUUUCCGUGGAUUGGUAUCUUGCCAUUUGGGAAACACCAGCAGCUGUUUAAAAAUGCAGCUGAAGUCUAUGACUUUCUUCAUGAGCUUAUUGAACGUGUCUCUGAAAAUAGGAAGCCUCAGUCACCUCGACAUUUUGUAGAUGCAUAUUUAGAUGAGAUGGACUGCAAUGAAAAUGAUCCAGAAUCUACAUAUUCAAGAGAAAACUUAAUUUUCUCUGUUGGAGAACUCAUCAUAGCUGGGACAGAAACCACAACAAAUGUUUUAAGAUGGGCAGUGUUAUUUAUGGCUCUUUAUCCAAACAUUCAAGGGCAAGUUCAAAAAGAAAUCGAUUUAGUCAUCGGCCCAAACAAAAUGCCUUCUUUAGAAGAGAAAUGUAAAAUGCCAUACACUGAGGCUGUUCUACAUGAAGUUCUAAGAUUCUGUAACAUAGUUCCGCUAGGUAUUUUUCAUGCAACUUCUAAAGAUACUGUCGUGCGUGGUUACUCUAUUCCUGAAGGCACUACAGUCAUUACAAACCUCUACUCUGUACAUUUUGAUGAAAAAUACUGGAGCAACCCAGAAGUGUUUUUUCCUGAGAGGUUUUUGGACAGCAGUGGGCAGUUUGUCAAGAAAGAUGCAUUUGUUCCUUUUUCACUAGGAAGAAGACAUUGUCUUGGAGAACAGCUAGCUCGAAUGGAAAUGUUUUUGUUUUUCACUUCGUUGCUACAACGAUUUCAUUUGUGUUUUCCUCAUGGUGUGAUUCCAGAUCUCAAACCGAGGUUAGGCAUGACAUUACAACCACAGCCAUACCUCAUUUGUGCAGAAAGACGAUGAAGAGAAGUAUCUGGACUGUCAGGUGGAAUAAAAUGCUCCAAGUUGCAGCUGAGGAAUCACUUGCCUUCUAUGUCUAAAUGUAUUCAUGUUGGAAGAACAAAAAAUUUAAGAACUUAAACUGUGGUUAUUUGUGCACAAGUUUAUGUUUUUUUUUUUACUUGGUUUUCAUAUAUAUAAAAAACAAAACAAAACAAAAAAAAGCAAAAUCAUACAGCACAUCCUGUGUUUAAAGUUGAUGUUUUCAGUCCAUAAUUAUUUUCUUUGAAAAUAGCUUCUGUUUCAGCUUUUCAAUAUUUCUUUGCCAGCUAUUUUAUUUGAGAGGAUAUUUUUAUAAACAUGGAGUAUAUUGCUCAAAAUUUUUUAUGC